GUAAAGCAUUUUACAGUUUACUUUCGAAGUUUUAGUCAUCUCUAUGGGGCUUUAGGUCAACGUACGUUUCAAGGUUCUAAACUCUGGCAGAUAUGUGCUGAACUCUUUCCGUGGCCUUCGGAGGAAACAGUAAUGUCUUCCAACAAAGAGGUAACAAUCCCUUUGAAAUAUUGGGUGGACGAUAAAAGAAAUCGUGUGAUUGUAGCGGAAGCAAGUGGGGAAUUCGUAGAUGUUCUCUUCAGUUUCCUUACCCUUCCAUUGGGAACUAUCAUCCGCCUUUUGGACACCUUGGACCAUGUAGAGCGUGUGAACACCUCUGAAGAACAGGGGCGUGACAACGGCUCUGAACAACAAGAAGGGCGCAACAACGGUUCUGAACAACAAGAAGGGCGCGACAACGGCUCUGAACAACAAGAAGGACCUCAGAACACCUCUGUACAACAACAAAGGCGUGACAACACCUCUAAACAAGAAGGAACUGGUUGCAUCAAUAAUUUGUGCCAGAGUUUUAAGGAUAUGUUGGGGCUUCGCAACAGAUCUGAACAACAAGUACGACUUGGUUGCAUCAACGAGCUGUACAAGAGUAUUAAUAAUUUGAAGACUGAUGUUUUUAGGAACACGAUAUGCCAGAAAAUGUUACAUUCUCCGCGCAACCCCUUAGAGAGCUCUUGCCAGAGGCUAAAAGUGAAAGUGGAUGAUUCAGAACCCACAAAGUAUUUCAUGUGUCAUAACUGUGCAAAAAAAGGAAGUAAUUUGUUGGUGAGCUCGUAUUGUGGUGUAAAGUGCGACUGCGACGCAUUGAUGAGGAAAGAAAUAGAACUGCUGGAAGAGGCUACUGGUGACGAUGGCGUUUUUGUUAAAGGAAAGGCCAUGUUCUUCAUCUAUGAUAACUUGACAGUGCGCCGAAGCUCUCCAAGUGAAUUCAUUAAACCUGGACAGAAAAAACUAGAAGACUAUAAAGAAGACUUUCUUGACAGAGAAAAGAUACUUAAGAUACUGAAGCAAGCAUUAACCUCCAAAACCCCUCUUAGUGAUGUAUUAUUGGGAAACACAACAUCCAAGCGAUCGGUCUCUUUCUCACGAGUUAUUGGCUCAACUCAUUCCAAAGAUUAUUUAGAAAUCAAGGUAAUGGUGAGUAAAUCAAAAAACAAGAUUGAAUUUGUUGAAGCAGAUGGGGAUUUUGUCGAUUUUCUGGCCAGCUUCCUCACAACACCUCUUGGAUCUGUUCUGAACCUUAAGAAUAACAAACUGUCCUGCUGGCCCAUACCACUUCUUGCAUCUAUUCUGAAGCUUAGGAAUGGCAAAUUGUCCUUAGGAAGCAUUCGUAACUUGUACAAAAGUGUGAAGAAUCUGGAUCCGUCGUGGUUCAUAGAGUCAUCGAACAAAUCCUUGCUGAAUCCCAAGGUGGCUCCUUAUUUUGGUUGUGAGAGAAAUCCACUAUCAAAUUCAAGUCAAGAUGACACCGCCAAAUAUUGGUAUGGCCUUGGAGAAAUGAAAAAUGAGAAGGGUCGUAUCAUCUGUGAAAAGAGAAUGAUUUCAAAGAAACAUGAUAUGCUACAACAGCCCAAAGAUAUCAAAAUGUUGGAUCCAAGAUCUUCAGAUAGAAAAAAAAAAGAUGGUGUGGGAUUUAUGAAGAGGCCUUGUCUAUUUGUUGUGUGGGAUAAUCUGCAAUUGUCACCGUUGACAUCUAUCAGUCUUCCAAUUUCAUUUCGUGAUUCGGAUAAUCUCCUGUCUACUGAUUUGGAGGAACAUCUGCUGAAAAUCAAGAAGUCAAAGGCAAUAAACCUGUUCAGGGCUUCUUUGACCUCUGACAAAGGUGCUUUUACUCGGAGCCUAUCCUGCCUAUUGUGGAAGUGGAGACUUCAAAGACUCAUUCCAUUGUGGGGUUGGUGGAGAAACAAGAGAAACAAAAAGCGCGAGAAAAGAAAAAGACGAAAAACUGAGAAAUAUAUCAAGUUAAAUGAAAAGAAAGAGAAAAAGAAACAAGAAAUAAGUGCGGUAGAAACUAAAAAGAAGAAGGAAGAGAUUAACGAUAAUCCAGUGCAGAAGACAAAGGAAGAAGUCAAAGCCUAAACUUUAGGGUGUUAAGUGAUUAAGGUGACAUAGAACAAUGCUGCAAUAUAUUUUGGUGUAAGAAAUAGUUGUGUUUAAUUGAUUUGAUGAUCAUUUAAUAUUUA